AAUGUAGGUUAGAAUGCAUGUGACUGUCAUGGGGCAUGCAUCCCACACUAUACACAACAGUUCAGUUACAAAGAAAAUGGCAGCAUUAAACCCUGACAAUCAGCAACAAGCUGACAAGAGAAUAAUAGGAUUCGAUUGUGAGUUUGUGAAGCCACCACCUUCGGAAUACAUCCAGUCACAGUGUCCAGUUUGUCUCCAGAUUAUUCGAGAGCCCCACCAGGUCACAUGCUGUGGAAAGAAGUUUUGCAAAGCUUGUAUUGAACACAUCAAAGCAAUUAAAAAAUCGUGCCCAACCUGCAAUAAAAAUGAGUUUUUGUAUUUCCCAGACACAUGUUUGAAACAAUCACUCUAUGGACUUAACAUUCGCUGUGGCCACCAGAAAGACGGGUGUGAGUGGACGGGGGAACUGAGACAGCUUGAUGAGCACCUCAACACAGAUCCAGAGCCAGAGAAACAACUCGAUGGAUGUAAGUUUGUUAAAUUCGAUUGCAUCUAUAGAUGCGGAAACCACCAGCAGCGAAGGUACAUUCAAAACCACCGAAUUAAGGAUUGCCCCAAACGAUUAUUCGAUUGUGAGCACUGCCAAGAUUACAAGUCUACCUAUGAUAAUGUCACCAACAACCACUGGCCUGUGUGUGGGUCCUUCCCUGUUCCCUGCCCUAACCAGUGUGGUUCAACUAUCCAACGUCAGAAUAUAGACAGCCAUGUUGCCAAUGAGUGCCCCCUGGCCACCAUCAACUGUGACUUCCACCACGUAGGCUGUGCUGUGAAACUCCCUCGACAAGACAUGCCAGAACACCUGAGAGAGAACCUACUCACACACAUCUCUCUAUUAGCCACCAGUCAUACCAAGCAACAAGCUGAGAUAACAAAUUUGAAAGCUGAGAAUGAUACUUUAAAAAGAAAACAUAAAAACUUCGGGCACAAUUACCAAUAUCUGGAAGCUGAAAAUAGAAGACUUAAAACUAAAUUAGAACCAUUACAACAAUUGCUCAAGACUGCACCUCCCAUCGUGAACUCCAGACCUCCCAUCGUGAACUCUAGACCUCUUGGUCCCCCUGUCCUUACACUGACCAACUUCCAACAGCACAAGAGAGAUGGUGAUGAGUGGUUCUCCCCUUCAGUCUACACCCACCAUCAGGGCUACAAGAUCUGUCUUAAAGUGUAUGCUAACGGCUAUAGCACUGGUAAAGGAACACACGUCUCUGUGGGUGUGUAUUUCAUGAGAGGAGAGUUUGACGAUUCUCUGAAAUGGCCAUUUCGUGGUGUGAUUUCAUGGCAACUAAUGGACCAGGUCAAUGGCGAGGAUCAUAGCACCCACACCACACCCUAUAGUGACAAAAUACCUAACACGCACUGUAACAAAGUGACAAAGGGAGAGAGAUCAAAGAAUGGGUUGGGACUUCAAAAGUUCAUUGCUCAUACUGAACUGGAGCCCAAGUAUUUACGAAAUGAUACCCUUCUCUUCCAAAUACACAAAAUAGAACUGAAAAAAUAGUUUCACAAACUUACAUACAUUGCUAUUAAAACUAGUGUUCAAGCUGGCGCUGUGCUAAUGCCUCUCGCCAUGUUUUUGCUUUCGCUUAAAAGUAUUAGAGUGUUAUAUUAGUAUUAAAGUUAGCUUAUCUAUAUAAAGUCACUGAGAAGAAAAGACUUAUUUACAUGCAUCUAUUGUUGUAUUAUGUGGCUUACCAGGACCUCAAGAAAGAAGAAAAUUGAUUCUUCCAGGAUCUGUAGUUUAGUGUAUAUAAUAUCUAAGAAAAGACCUGUGUACAUGCAUAUUGUUAUCUAUAUUGUUAUAUGGUAGUGUUUUGUGGCUUACCAGGCCCUCAAGACAAAGAUGAUUCUGCCAGGAGGAUCUUACAUGUGGGGAAUGAGCGCGCAUGCGCAUUACAUCCACAGGAAUAAUUAAAGGGUGUGUCCAAAGAGAUCAAUUUCACAAAUGGCUACUGCUAGCUAGCUGUUUUAACAGAUAUUUUCUGAGUAUUGUAGCUAACAAAAAGCUAGCGCUUUAGUGCAAGGCUAACUCAUAUGUUGAAUAGAAAGUUUGUGCGAACAGAUGAUGCUAUGAAAGAUUCUGAAGAGACUGCAACAGCCUUCAAUGUGAGUCAAACUAGCCAUAACUCGAGAAAGAAGCUUUAGUUUGCUAAUCCACGAAUCAAAAUCCAAGAGAACGUGGCUAGAAGCCUAUAGAAGCUGUUAGUUUUCGUUACAUUGCAACCGUUGAGCAGUUAUAGCUGGAAUACACACACAGACAGACAGACAGACAGACAGACACACAGUUAGCCUCGAUCCCAGGCCGAGUUUUCGCUUUUAUAACGGUUAGGCGAACAGCUACGCCUCGAGGCAUAACUAGACAUUAUGUUGAACAUCAUGGUGUUGAUUAUUGUUUGCUAUAGAAUUUAUUCGUUACAUGUAGAUAACGAACAUUUCAGGAAGAACUUAUAGUGCGAUAAACUAUAUAAAAGGGGCAGUAUAGAUCAGCAUGACAAUUAACUUCUAUUAUAACGUAUACUCAUAAUAUUAUUAUAUACCUAUACAUGAUAUAAUAACGACAGAAGAGAUAGCACACACUGAGAGUAUAAAUUCUCUGAGUCUCUGCAUGUGCAUGACCCAGUCACACUAAUUUCACAGCACUGGGUAUUCAGUUUCUUCUGGUACAAUGCCACUUAUUUCUAGACCCUCUUCUUUGCUGUUGAUGUGUACAACACCAAUUAAACAUGGCAGCAAGUGGAAGCUUGGCUGCUCGCAUUUCUUCACCUGGUUCUUUUGUUUUUUGUACAUCACUGGCAGCUUGUGCUCACUGUGGACCUGUCCUCCUUAUCUGGAUUGUGCUGAGGAUUCGUUGUGCAUCAUCAGUCACUUCAUGUGCACACUGGGACCUCUCAUUAUCAUCAUGCUAGCACUACCACUAUUCUACGUAUCCACUUGGAAACACUCACCCCAUAGACUAUUAUAUGCACUGAAAUUAUGUUGUCCAGAAACGCUCAAUCAUUGAUGGCUGCAUGUCACCAUUUCACUUUCUUUCUGUGUAGUGAAUCGGAUUGCCAACAUGUCCAGUAAUAUCUCGGUGGCUGAUGUCUGGAGGAAAGAGAAAGAGUUGUCGAGGAGGAAGAUACUCAGCAUCAUUCUAGUCUUCUACCUCUGGCAAUACUGAACCCUCUACAAGGACUGCUCAAUGCUAUAGCCUAUGGUGGAGUAUGCACCACAUUCUGCACCUGGGUACGCAACAAGUACUCAUCACCAGAGAACAUCUACGUGUCCAGUUGGAGUGGUGAGUACAUUGACGUCGACUUUCGAGUGAACAAGGGCGAGAUUCACCGAGCAAAGAGAGCCAAGGCUGUCUGAGACUCCGUGGCACUGACAAUAUUAUUUUUAACGCUAUUUUGGAACUGUUUCGUUUGAGUUCAUUUCAUGUAAGUACAUAAUUAAAUUGCAGUUCAAUAACUAAAUUUUAUACAAGUGAAGAAGUAGAUUUAUUAUUACAAAGCAAAAAUAUUCAA